GUCGCGUCAUCCGUUGAGUGUUUCCUGUCAGACUGCACGCGCAGACAUGCCUUUGGCCAAAGAUCUGUUGCACCCCAGCCCGGAGGAGGAGAAGAGGCGUCACAAGAAAAAACGCCUUGUUCAGAGUCCAAAUUCUUAUUUCAUGGAUGUCAAAUGUCCAGGCUGCUACAAGAUAACUACAGUGUUUAGUCAUGCUCAGACUGUAGUGCUAUGUGUCGGUUGUUCAACCGUCCUCUGCCAGCCGACUGGAGGGAAAGCCCGUCUGACAGAAGGUUGCUCCUUCAGAAAGAAGCAGCACUAAUGUGCGGACACGAGUUUUGGAUGAAAAGAUUGAGGAUACCAACCUGGAUCAAGCCCAUCAAGUGACUUUGAAUGAAGUAAUGCAGCAAAAUGGACUGGAGUGUAAAGCAAACUCAUGAAACCCAAUUCUAAUGUGAACUGAAGCGUUAAUGAUCUGCUCACAUUUAACUGUUGCCAUCGAGGUUUAAGAUGAUGCAUGCUCUUACAAUCCAGUUGGUUUGGUGUUACCAUUCUGGCGAGGAGAUGUUUAUAAAGAUCAGACCAUCAUUGUGAAUAUUUGAUUUCUUGCAGUUGUUCUCUCUUGUAUACUGUCUCUUGGGUGCUGUCGGGAGUGGAGUUCCGGAGCCUUCAGCAGGCUUCUUAGCUGACACACUAGGGUUUAUAGACAGGUGGCGCACCAGUCCUCGUGACAACUGUGCGCAGGAUUUAUGCAAAUUUGAUUUAAAGGGUUGCCUGAGAGUGUGUCUGCACAUAAACCACAUCAUUGAAAUCAGUGCCUGCUCCAAGCGCAGUCUGAAUGGUGUUUGUUACUCAUUCAGGAAAAUUCAAGCGUGUUCUGCUCCUUGGCUGCUCGGGUUGUGAAGCACUUGUGCUUCUAAGGCUUCUUGUUGUUCUUGGAUUAACUCAAGAUUGUGAAACGCUCUUUCCAGCAGCAGAUGUUUGGCCUGUGGGCCGGUUGCACUUACACAGCUGUACACUAAAACCAGUUAAUGGAGAGCGUUCUCUGCUUUCUAUGAUGACACCUGUUUGUCUUGUGUGAUGAUCAAUGCUGGCAAAUACAGUUAUGCUAAACGGCAAUGUAGUUCUUGUCUUUAUUUUCAUUUUUUUUUUGCCUGGAGCACCCAUGACUCUAUAGGUGGGUCUGUCAUGGGUGACUUAUUUGUCACUUGUUUCUGCAUAGUGAUGCUAUUUAAAAAAG